ACUUCAGUCGUGUUCGAUGCAGCACGUGGUAAAGACGUGACGUGUGAUUAUUUUGCCGUGUUACAAGCUGCGGUUAGACGCGUAUUUCGUAAAACUUUCGACUGUGUGAAAGUUAUCUCUGUACCCGGAUGAUAUUUUACGGUUAGACGGAGGGAUCGAAGCUGAACUCGAUCAUAGGCCGAGGUUACACAACCCAGAAGAUUCCCGCUAAAAACAAUCCCUGAUAACAUAUUAUAGCGGCUCAUAGUCAUUCAUUUGUGAGGGAGCAUAGUCAACAGACCUGUCAGCUGAAAGCGCGCGCUGUAAACUGCGCAUGCGUAGAACUAAUUUUACAGAUUGCGUCGCUCUGUGACUCACAGCGCUCACUCUACAUAACAUUGAGAAAAACUGAAUUUGCGUGCGUGAUGCGAAUUAGAUAGCAGUUUAUCGUGUAUUUAUUUUGAUUUUGUGAUAUAAGUGAUAACAAAAUGACGCCGGGCGUCGCGGAGGAUUCGUGUAUUGCACUAUGCAAUAACAAUAUUGUACCGCUGUUACCGAGAAAUUCCGUGCGUUUGGAGUUCAAGAAUAUAACAUGUACUAUCAGGAUGCUUUCUCUGCAAAAAAUGUGGUUCGAAAAGAAAGAAAUAUUAAAAGGCGUGAAUGGGUGCUUCAAGCCGGGAGAACUCACGGCCAUCAUGGGUCCUUCAGGGGCCGGGAAAACAACACUGCUCAAUAUCUUAGCUGGUUACUCGACCCAAGGCGCAAACGGCGAGAUUGUCGUAAACGGGGUCACAUCUUGCGCAUCCAAGUCGGCGGGUCGAGGCGGGGCGCGUUACAUCCGCCAGCAAGAUGACCUCCGAAUGCAUCUCACAGUGUACGAGUCCAUGGCUCUUGCAGCCACUCUUAAACUGGCCGACUUCUCGUCGCACGAGCGCAAAGAGAAAGCUAACGAAAUAUUAGCCCUAUUAGGGUUAAAUGGAACAUCGCAGACGCUGUGUCGCGAUCUCUCUGGAGGCCAGAAGCGGCGGCUGGCUGUUGCCCUUGAACUUCUCUCGGAUCCAUCUUUAUUGUUCCUUGAUGAACCUACUACGGGCUUAGAUUCAUCCGCGUCCACAUCCCUUAUUACUUUACUGAGUGGUCUAGCCCGAGGGGGUAGGACAGUAGUAGCAACAAUACACCAGCCGUCAGCGCUGAUAUUCGAGAAGAUAGACACAGUAUACUGUCUCUCAGCGGGGAACACGCUGUACUCGGGGUCUAGAGCGGCGCUGGUACCGGCGCUCGCGUCGGCUGACUUGCACUGCCCACCGUACCACAACCCGGCUGAUUAUUUAAUGGAAGUUGCAUCUGGUGAAUAUGACGUGGAUUUAGAAAAGGCGGCAAAAACGAUGCGUCGUUUUAAACACGAGCCUGCCGCGACCGGCAGUGCGGAAGACGUUCCAAUAAUAUCUACAUUACCUAACCUUUUAAGCUUAGAAACAAUGAAAACCCCUAUGAAAUCGCUGCAUAGCAAUACAAAAUACCAACUAAACUGUACCAAGAACAUGUAUAGGCCUUCAGGACUUCUCAGACAAACCUGGGUGUUACUAUAUAGGAAUUAUCUAAUGACUACAAGAAAUUACUCACUAUUCAUGUACCGUGUCGCCGCUCACGUGGUGAUAGCGCUAAUAUUCGGCUACCUUUACCUCGGUGUUGGGAGUGAGGCUAGCAGUGUCCUCGGAAACUAUGUGUACUUGUACGGGUCCAUGUUGCUCGUCGUGUACACUGGGAAGAUGUCCGUUACGCUGUCGUUUCCAUUAGAAAUGGCAAUACUAAAGGGUGAAUACUUCAAUCGAUGGUACAGUUUAGGACCGUAUAUUUUUUCGAUAUUAGCAGUGGAGUUACCAUUUCAGGUGAUAUCCUGUGUUUCAUACGUUAUACUUUCAUAUUGGUUAACGGAUAAUCCCUUAGAACCAACGAGAGCAACUCUGUUCCUUGCGACUAUAGUAGCUACGUCACUUUGCGCACAAGCAUGGGGAUAUUUCAUUGGAUCUACUACACCUACUAAGAUCGCAGUAUUCAUAGGGCCAGUGCUAGCGUGUCUAUUCUCUAUAUUCGGUUUCUGUCUCGCGCUAAGAGACACUCCAUACAUAUUCCGCUGGUUGCAUCAUAUUUCGUACUUUAGAGCUGGCUUCCAUGUUGCAGUACAUUCUGUGUACGGGUUCAAUAGGACGAAAAUGCACUGUUCUAAAAUGUACUGCCAUUACAUAACGCCAAGCACUUUCCUCAAGGAAAUGGACAUGGCCACCAUAGACAUCGGCAGCGAUAUAGCCAUAGUGCUAACUAAUACGGUCCUCAUGCACAUACUAACGUGCACGGCUCUAUGGUACAGAUUGAAUAAAAGAUGAGUUGUCUGUGGUUUGACAUUGACUGAUACGAUUAGUGUUGCCCGCGCCAAAAAUAAAAAAAUAUCAUUUCAGAAGCUGGCUGAUUUUUUUCUUUUUUAGAAACAAAAGUGCGAGUGAUUAAGAAAAAUUACUGAAUGUUUUUUUUAAGUGUAAGUGAGAUGGCAUGGCUAAUGUGAAAGCGAGAUAACAAUAUGUUUUCGUUCGUUUCUUGGCGCGGGUUUUAGUUUAGUUGAAAUGGGGCUUUUCAGUAACUCAUAUUAUGGUUCUUGUAUUACUUUAAAUAAAUAUAUUAGAAAACAAAGUAUGGACUUAGAUUUUAAGUGUAGAUAAUUAGUUAAUUGUAGCGUGUUUUAUCUUUUUUAUUUUGUGUAAAUUAUCUUUUUUGAAUUUAUACUUCUUUUGGCGCGAUGGAGAAAAACGAUGAGAGUGAAUUUUUACGAUGCGCGCGAACACCGACACAUCGAAAAUUGAAAACUAUGUUCAAGUUGUAUAUUCUAGAAUUUUUUCCAUACGCCAAAGAAGUAUAACUUCUAACGCGUGUACAUAAGUACACACACUUUUUUUUUUUUGGAACGAAGCUCAGAGGAGCGAAUUUAAAU